AUGACGGAUACUUGUUUAAACACAAAUGACUUCAAUGGUCGCACCAACAUAAGAAUACUUUCCAUUUUCAUGAUUCUUCUCUCAUCAGCAAUCGGUACGUUCUUCCCCUUAUUGUCCACUCGUUAUUCAUACAUCAGAUUACCACCAUGGUGUUUCUUUUUGGCCAAGUUUUUCGGUUCAGGUGUCAUCGUAGCUACUGCAUUCAUUCAUUUAUUGGAGCCUGCAUCAGAUGCUCUUGGGGAUCCAUGUUUAGGCGGUACGUUCGCAGAUUAUCCAUGGGCUUUUGGGAUUUGUUUGAUGUCUCUAUUUUUCCUAUUCUUUACCGAGAUUGUUUCACAUUUUUACGUCAAUAAGGCAUUUGAAACUGUUAGCCAUUCUGCCUCCGGGAACAUUCAUUCUCAUUCAAAUGAAGAUGAUGAUGAUCAUGAUCACGAUAAGGAUAGUGUAGACAUCAAAAACAAACACACUACCACAAAUAAUGAUCUUGAAUCCCUACAAAGUACAUCACCAGGAAUUAUUGGUCUUGCUACGUUUACCAGAAGUCAUGAUAAUGUGAAUAAACAAAUGGGUACCAUAGGAAGUAAUCAUUAUGAUCAUGCUCUAGUGCAUCAGGACCCUGGACAAAUGGGUACUUCAUUGAACGACAGUGCUAAAGAACAAUAUGCAAACCAACUUCUUGCAGUGACAAUCUUGGAAUUUGGUAUUGUAUUCCAUAGUGUUUUCAUUGGGUUAUCGCUAGCCGUUUCAGGUGAAGAAUUCACCACCUUAUUUAUUGUUUUGAUUUUCCAUCAAAUGUUUGAAGGUUUAGGGUUAGGUACUAGACUUGCAGAAGUCCCAUGGGAUAAGAGUAAAAGAUUCACGCCAUGGUUGAUGGCGUUAGGGUUUUCAUUAACUACUCCAAUUGCCAUUGCUAUUGGAUUAGGUGUAAGACAUUCAUUUGUUCCUACUUCAAGACGUGCUUUGAUUUCCAAUGGUUGCUUCGAUGCAAUUUCUGCAGGGAUUUUGAUUUAUACUGGGUUAGUCGAACUAAUGGCUCAUGAAUUUUUAUACAGUAAUCAAUUUAAAGGUGAGAAUGGGUUCAAGAAAAUGAUUUCAGCUUAUAUUUGUAUGUGUUUCGGUGCUGGGCUUAUGGCAUUGUUAGGUAAAUGGGCAUGA